UUAAAUGAACUGCAUUCGCCUAUAAUUGAUGGCAAAGAUUAUCUGCUAGAUAAGCAUUUUAUGGUUGAAUUGACUAUAACGGGGUCGGACUGUAUCGUACGUACUAAUUAUAAACGGUCGGUGAAUUUGGUGCCACUUUCAGCACAACAGGAACUCAAACGAUUUAAGUCCCAACGAUUGUGUGAAUGUAUUUCUCUCAUCACUAUAAUCUUCGGUCUCUUAUUAGUCACAAUAACUCCGUUUCUAUUGAUCCCAAUUUGGGUCAUUCCUAACCCAUAUUCACCGCUUAUGCGUAACGUCUUAUGCCUAUCGUUGUUGGUAUCGGUAAUGCUGUUGACAUUAGCGGCUCUGACCGGCAAUAUAUACUGGUAUUACGACCAGAGGAGACAAAAGUGGAAAUGGUUUUAUCACUGCGGAAAAGGACCCGAAGAUCACUAUUGGGGCGCAACUCUACUUCACGACCACAAACCACAGAAGCCGAGGGCAGCUAAAAAAGUGCGGACAAAUGCCAUUGGAACAGAUGAACAAGUCUUUUGUGAUACUAUCAUAUAA